AUGCCAGGAUUUUCAGACAGAGACCGUGGCCGAGAUAGAGGAUAUGGUGGAGGACCUCCUCGAUAUGGAGGUGGUGGAGGAGGCGGCAGGGGUGGACCUCCCCCGCCAAAGUUUGGCAAUCCUGGUGACAGGCUGCGAAAGCGACACUGGAACCUUGAUGCACUUCCCAAGUUUCAAAAGAACUUUUACCAAGAACACCCCGAUGUCACCCGAAGAUCAAUUCAAGAAGUUGAACAGUACAGAAGAAGCAAAGAAAUCACGGUCAAAAGCCGAGAAUGCCCCAAGCCAAUUAUAAGGUUCCAUGAAGCAACAUUUCCAAAUUAUGUUAUGGAUGUGAUCGUCAGACAGAACUGGAUUGAACCAACCCCUAUUCAGGCUCAGGGGUGGCCAGUUGCUCUCAGUGGCAAAGACAUGGUUGGCAUUGCUCAAACUGGCUCGGGAAAAACUCUUGCAUACCUUCUGCCUGCUAUUGUGCACAUCCAACAUCAACCCUUCCUGGAACAUGGCGAUGGUCCAAUUUGCUUGGUAUUGGCGCCUACACGUGAGCUGGCCCAACAGGUUCAACAAGUUGCUGCUGAGUACGGCAGGGCCUCCCAGCUCAAGUCAACUUGCAUUUAUGGCGGCGCACCCAAAGGUCCCCAAAUUAGGGAUCUCGAGAGGGGAGUUGAGAUUUGUAUUGCUACCCCGGGUCGUCUCAUUGACUUCCUGGAGUGCGGGAAAACAAAUUUGCGGCGUUGUACCUACCUUGUGCUUGAUGAGGCCGACCGUAUGCUCGACAUGGGAUUCGAACCACAGAUUCGCAAAAUCGUGGACCAAAUACGGCCAGACCGUCAGACCCUGAUGUGGAGCGCCACUUGGCCCAAAGAAGUACGGCAGCUUGCUGAGGACUUCCUGAAAGACUAUGUGCAAAUUAACAUUGGAGCGCUUCAGCUCAGCGCCAACCAUAACAUCUUGCAGAUUGUUGAUGUCUGCAAUGACAUGGAGAAAGAGGACAAACUGCUUCGGUUGCUGGAGGAGAUAAUGAGCGAAAAGGAGAACAAGACAAUUAUUUUCGUGGAGACCAAAAGGCGCUGUGACGAAAUCACAAGAAGGAUGAGGAGAGAUGGGUGGCCAGCAAUGGGAAUUCACGGAGACAAGAGCCAGCAGGAGAGAGACUGGGUCUUGAAUGAGUUCAGAUACGGCAAAGCACCGAUCCUCAUCGCCACAGACGUGGCCUCCCGCGGCUUAGAUGUGGAGGAUGUGAAAUUUGUCAUCAAUUAUGACUACCCUAACUCCUCCGAGGAUUAUAUCCACCGCAUUGGACGCACAGCCCGGAGUCAAAAAACGGGCACAGCCUACACCUUCUUCACCCCCAACAACAUGAAACAGGCUAGUGACCUCAUCUCUGUGCUGCGGGAGGCCAACCAGGCCAUUAACCCCAAGCUCAUCCAGAUGGCAGAAGACAGAGGAGGUCGUGGUAGGGGGGGACGAGGUGGCUACAAAGAUGACCGUCGAGAUAGGUAUUCUGGAGGUGGGCGGCGUGAGAACUUCGGUGGAGGCGGCUACAGGGACAACGAUAGAGGGUUUGGAAAUGGGCCAAGAGGUGGUGGGUUUGGAGGCAAGGUUCAAAACGGGGGUGGUUACGGUGGCAACAGUGGUAACUCAGGCGGUGGUUAUGGCAACAAUUAUAACAACCGCAAUGGUCAAGGUAACUUCAAUGCUCCGUCCAAUCAGGCGGGAGCCUUUGGGAACCAAAAUUUCCAGGGCCCCUCUCAAUUUGGGGGCAUGCAGAGGCCUGCCCAGAAUGGCAUGAACCACCCGUUCCCUCAGCAGCCACCGCCGCCACAUGCUCAACAGCCACCACACCCGCCUCCAAUGGCGCCCUACUCCAUUCCACCACCCUAUCCACAGUAG